UUGCACACGAAAUCCUUUUCUUUUUACGACAAUGCCAACCUUUUGUCAACGAAGAUUUUCCCAUAAACAAGGCGCACACUACCUUAAUGAUAAUUUCUCCGGACUCACAGGUACCAGAGCCCGACCGGACCAGCGCCCGUAUAUAAAGGAAUGUUGCGCAGUGGCCAAGAACACAGUCGAGCAUUAGCCACCAACAAGACAGCAGCAUCCUGAACAACGCAUAAAAAAAUCAUCCAACACAUUAUGGCACCUUCAAACUUGGAUUACCACACCAUCGGAGGAGACAGCGCGGAGGCCAGUGCGAGUUACACGCACAAAAAAUUUAAGACGACAAACUACACACACAAAAAGUUCGGCAAGAAGAGCGGCGGCAAAGAGGCGGCCCCCAGUGCCGCCACAAGUACAAGCACGCCUCUGUUUCGGCCAUAUGCCUUAAGCGAGAAUACGCCGCGAAAACGUCGCCAGGAUUCGGAGCGAGAGGUGCAGCAUACUUUGCCUCCCACACCGCCCACAACUCCACCACAGCUUCAGCAUCCGCAUCCGCAUUCAUAUCCGUCGUAUGCACAACAACUGCAGCCCCAAUAUCUGGCGACGCCCACUGCCACUCCAUCACCUGUGCUAAAUCAUCAGGCCUUCGCCUACAUGCUGCAGAAGCAGCGAGCCGUACUCCAAAUGCGCCAACUGCUCAGCAUCAAUCCGGAUGCCAAUACCUGGCCGGUGGAAUGGCGUCGGGCCCUGCAAGCACUGCUGCAGCAGUAAGCAGAAGGUACGAAAGGAGCGAGAUGGAACAAACGGAGUGAUUUGCCCAGCAACCAGUGAUAUAGAACUUUAAGUGCCUGCAGACAGAUUGUACAUACGAAGCCCUUGCAAAUGAUUCCACGGAUAUGAUACUCUAGAUUCUAGACCAAACCAUAAUUGUAUAUAACAGCUACAUAUAUUUAACAUAACUAAUAAAUUGU